CGACUAUACGAAUUACGGUUACUCUUGAUCGACGGCUUUCGGUGUUGUGUUGAGAGUUCAUGUUUUUUUGGUGUGUCGGUCGUUUGUUAAGUAAUUACUAAGAGGAAGACGUAAAAAGAGUUCAAUUUUGACUCGAAAUUUUUGUGUUUGAAAAACAUAUUAUAUCCGAUUUGUGUUCGUAAUAAUAAUGACCUAAGGUGGAAAAAUUAAAAGAGAAGUUAUUGAACGAAGGAGAGACAACUCUCUAAUAAUUGAGACAGAACCAAUAAAUAAUUGAAUAUUGAAAAGUGAAAACAUUGAUGACAAUCAAAUUUAAUAAAAUCAACCAAAGAAGCAGAAAUCUUAAUAAAUCGUUUCCAAGAUGAAAUAUAUUGUGAUUGCGAUUAUAUUCACCGUUGCAGGUAUUACAGCUGAACAACCAUACUACCUAUCAAGAUGUGCCCGGGACGAUCCAGAAAUAAAUACAUGCAUAAAGAACACGGCAAAUCGGUUAGCGAAAUUUUUGCGACAAGGUGUUCCUGAGCUUGAAAUCUAUGAGGUUGAGCCAGUUCUUAUUGAUGAAAUUGGAAUAUCAUUGGGUAGCGGACCUGACGGCUAUCGUGCAAGUUUUCGUAAUAUUGAAGCGUAUGGUGUCAGCAAUUUAACUGUGUCAAAUGUUAAAUCAGAUAUUGAAACACAUCAGUACCAAUUGACAUUCGAAAUACCCAAAAUAAGUGUAAAAGCUCAAUAUCGUUCGUCUGGUGUAUUGAUUCUUGUCCGAGCUUCUGGUGCUGGUGACUAUUGGGGCGAAUAUCAGGGCGUGCGGGCUAAAGCUUACUUUAAAGCUAUUCCGGAACUGGAUGAAGUAAGCGGACUAACAUUUUUGACCGUUGAUAAAGUCAAGAUUGACUUCAGUGUUAAGGACAUUACUAUGGGAGUGGAUAAUGUAGCGAACGGAAAUACUGUUAUACAAGCUGCGUUGAAUUUAUUCAUCAACAGCAAUGCCCAGGAACUAUUAAAGGAAAUGAAACCGGCUCUUCGUGACAAAUUGACAUUGGUUUUGCGUAAUUUCGUGGACAGACUAUUUGAGAAGAUUCCCGUUGAACAACUGUUGGAAUAGAAGAUAGAAUUUAUCGUUAAUUUAUUUAAAUAAGUUUUGUAUAAUUAAUAAUUUAUUACCCUUUAAAAUACAGUGUGUACAUGAUUGUCAAUAAAAAGAACCUUGUUGUCGGCUAAUAAUAAUAAACUGAAUAAAAAGUGGAA